AUGGCUGCGCUCAAGCAAGACACGGUCCCUUCGAGGGCUCGUCAGUCGCGGAACUAUGUCACCCCUAAGAGUGUCAUUCUUGGCUUACUUUCUACAUCACCAAUGGUUGUUUCGGCUCAAAAUUCGAACUGCAUAUCUUUAAAGGAUUCAAAAGCUUGCCCAGCAUUCACAUCCGCAUCCAUCUCUACCGCAGAUAGUCUGCUUGACUACUUCGACUUGUAUGCUCGCUUCACCACGACCGUGUUAUGCAAUUCCAUUGUCCAGAACUCAAUUGAGCCCUGUGGCCUGUCAGCAUCGCAGUCGCGACCUCUCUGCGCCGAUAGUUGUGCCGAGUAUGCCCAAAGCGAGGCUUAUAUAACUUCAGACAACGAGCUCUGUUCGAACCCGUCAAGCAAUCUGCUACAGCUGAUCAGAGCAGACUUCACGAACUGUGCCCUUCCUGGUGGCUCCCUGGACAGUAAGACAUGUAUUCCAGCAAUCGAGAACGAGUCACAGAACUGUGGCUACGGCAACAGCACCGUGGGACUCUGUACCUAUUGUGGUUCAGGCGGCCUUAACUCGACCGACACCUGCUGUUACAACUCAAAUGCCGAGGAACGAUGCAAAGAUGUCACAUUACCGACUUUGACCGCCACCAUGACGUUUACCCGAGUAUCACCAACAUCUUCAGCUACUGAAUCAAGCACUGCAGGUAGCGGGAAUGACAACUCCGAUGAAGAUGACGAUGAAGGAGGGGGAGGAGGUCUAAGCGGCGGAGCAAUUGCUGGCAUCGUUAUUGGCGUUCUUGCUGGCCUAGGUUUACUUGCCCUUGGUCUCUUGUUGUGCCUCAGAAGGAGACGACGACCGAGCAGUCCCAAGGGAAGCAUUUUCAACCAGCCGUCGCCGGCCCGACAAGGUGGAACAACCAUGGCUCAAGCAGCACCCUCCGCCGCCCCUCAGGGAUACGAAGUUCUUCCCGGUGGACGAAUAGCACGGAUGUCUGCUCUCGAAGGUCAUUCUGGCGAUUCACCUUCUCAUCAUCGCGACACUUCAUCAGCCGCCGGUGGUAUUGGUGCCGUAGGCGCAUACCCUCGCAGGGAUCAUUCAUCUUCUGACGAGUUCACGUCAAGCCCACCCUCGUCAGAAACGCGUGGCGGAGUCCUUCGUCCACCACCUACUAAACCUCGACGACACGGCUCACUCUCAAGUAGUUCGGUCCUUGGCAGCUCUGUACCGCAGUCCCCGUCUAGUGCUGGGGGAUUCUCAUCGCCUCAAGGCGUCGCUAGCCAACAAUCUGAGCAGUUACCAUUUUUCAAGGAUUACUAUUCUCAGGACGACAUUCACCCCGGUGACCGAAUAGCUGUUCUUUGGGCUUAUCAACCACGGGCAACCGACGAAUUUGCCUUGGAACGGGGAGAUAUGCUCAAGGUUGUGGGCAUAUGGGACGAUGGUUGGGCAACAGGUGUAAUGCUCAACGAGCGGGCAGAUGAGUGGGAGGCUCGGCGACAAGCUCAACGCGAUAGUGGCGUCUCGAACGCGUCGGGUCGCCGCGAUAGUUCCCCUGCUGCAGAGGGCGAAAUAAAAGCAUUCCCUCUGGUUUGUGUCUGUCGCCCCGAGCACUGGAGGAAGACGAUUGAGGGUGAUGGAUCGACGGAAACUGGUUCCAAUGGCUUCAAUGCUCACUCAUCGUUCUCAUGA